AUAAAUAGUAGCUAGCGAGAUCGAGAUACAGGACAUUAGCACUUAGCAGCAAGCUGAGUUAGCUAGCUAGUGAGCGCAGUUAGCUAACGGCCUGGCUACGCGCCAAAUAGCUAGCUAUAUGUUGGUGAAGGAAACAUUAUACGCAUUUGUUUGCAACGUACUAUAAUUAGGUUACAUAACUGUAUUCCUUCUGUGGUUUGCAAGUGUGAAGCUAAAGAUUUAUUCCUGGAGUCAAACAAAGCAACAUGGAUUUUUUCUUUGACGACCUACCAUCCACAUCACAGUCCACUCCCAAGAGCGGACAUGAAGAUUCACAGCUGACAGAAGACAUGGACCCAGAUUCAUCAAGAGGGAAGUCUUCAAACACAAGCAUGACUGAGACUCAAGGGCAGCACACCUGCCCCAAUAUAGAUGACAUCAGCAGGAGAGUACAGGAACUGGUGGAAAAGAUAAACGACAACCGCACCAGUGACCAGAAAGUGAUGGACGGCUUCCAGGAGAAGUUAAUGCAGAAGGUGACAGAGAUGUGUCGGCAGACGAAGGAGCACAUGUACACGGUCUAUGAAGAGAACAGUAAUGAGAUGCAGGUGAAGCUGCAGGUGUUGUCCGAGGUGCUGGAGAGCUGCACUAAGCUCAACAGUGAGCUAAUAGAGGCCAACCAGGCGCUGGCAAGUCUCAGAGGGGGCCUGGCCAUUAACCAGACAUCAGACCCCUGAUAAACUAGCUACUGUUCUGAUGUCCAUAUUAUAUUUGAACUAGUUAGUGUUCUUUUAUUUAUGUUGAGUAUUCAGAAUAGUUGACUUGAAUAAGAUUACUACUUUUGGUUUCCCCUUCGUUCUUCCUCCUUUUUCAAGAAUAGACAGUAGACUGUGCCUAGGUUUUUAGGGCAGUUAGUUCAGGUUACAGCUCGUGAUUGCAGUCUAAGAAAACAAAAGCUGAAUCCAUGUU